AGAUGCUGCGGAAAGCAAGUAAAGAGUAUGAUGGUCCAUUUGUCUUUGUGCCUCUUCAUAAGUCUCGCCUCGACUACCUACUGGUUCCCUUUGUCCUUUUCUGCCACAGUAUCAGAGUCCCAUACUUUACUUGUGGGGAAGAUGUCCAACUUCCAUUUCUCAGGCCUCUGCUUCGGAAAUUGGGAGGCAUUUUUACUUCACAUGAUCAUGGAGACCACUUGUUCCAGGUUGUUUUAAAUUCGUACAUCGAGGAACUGUUGAAUGAGCAGCAGAGCCUGGCAGUUUACCUGAAAAGUCCUGUUUCAUGUCCUGUGCUUUCAAGUCUCUCAGGAUUAGUGUGGUUGGCUCAGGUGUUUGAUGCCUUUCAGAACUGUUUAAUAACAGAUGCAGUUCUCAUACCUGUGGGUGUAGCUUAUGAUCGCAUCGUAGAGGAAAACUACUUGGAACGAAUGAGACCUGGAAAGACUAGUAUUUUUGCAGCAGUUCGUUGGGUGCUUAGAUUCCUACAAAAGAACUAUGGCUGCAUCCGGGUGGAUUUUGGACAGCCAGUUUCUCUUAAGAUAAGGGACAUUCAAGUGUAUGUGCAGGAUCAUCAUUCCAAGAGGGAGAUAGCGAUUGGCUGCUUCUUGCUCCUCGGCAGUUAUGUCCACCACCAUCUUGGCCUGCCUUCUGUUUCACAAACAUCAACAGCCUGUGCUUUAAAUUCACUUCUAAGGGAAGUGGCUAAAUACAUGGUGGACUGGGACUCCGAUGCUGAGGUUGCAAUCAGCCAAGAGGAACUUAUCUGUAAAACUGUUCAGCUGUGUCAGUUACUCUCCAGUGAGACACUGCUUCUACCACCCUGCCAGUCAGUGUACCAGUUUUCACAGGAAGCAGUGGACAAACUGAUGUAUUGCGAGAUUCUUCUCAUGGAGGAGAAUGAGAACAAACAGCCAGCCUGUGACACAUGGCAGAAACGGUUUGGGAAGGAGAUGACAUGGAAGGUGAUGGAUGAUUUUGAUGACUCUGAGAGUGACACUGAUGAAACAGUCUGGACCUGUUAUUUUAAGCUUGGCCAAACCCAGGAAAGCCACACAUUUUUCCUUUUUCUCUGUAGCUUGCUGCAGCCUGUAUUGAAAGUGUAUGAAACAGCAGCAGGUUUGCUGCACAAAUUGGACUUUCCAAUAGAAGGAAGUGCCACAGUCAGCAUUGUAAACAGCACUAUUAAGAUCUUCAGGGAAUUGGGGGUUUUCAAAGAGGAGCCAGGAACAAAGGGACCCUUACUGAAACUCAGCAACACUUUCCAGCAACCUGAUAAUUUACUGAAGCUCCAGCAGUACAUUCAACAAUUCUGUGCUUAA